CCUGCGCAGACGGGUGUUUUCAUGUUAGCAAACGGGGCUACAUUUAAUGUUUAAUUUUCUGGAGACUGCUGAACAUGUCUGCCUCUAUGGUGGCGAGAGCGACGGUCAGAGCUGUCAGUAAAAGAAAGAUAUUAGCUACAAGAGCCGCGUUAACUCUGACUCCUCCUGCUGUAAAUAGGAUCCGGACCCUACUGGAGAACAAGCCAGAAUACAUUGGCCUGAGGGUUGGUGUGAGGACGCGGGGCUGUAACGGUAUGACCUACACUCUGGACUUCACCAAGCAGAAGGAUCCGGCUGAUGAGGAAGUGCUGCAGGACG